UUAAUUUUCCACCUUUUCUUUUAAAAUUCUUUAUUUUAUUACUAAACAAUCCCAAUUUUCUUUAUUUUUCUUUAAUUUCCCAAACACCACCUCACCUCGUUUUGCGCCCACCGGUAGAGAAAAGUAGUCAGAAAAUGUGAAGAAAAAAAUAAAGAGAUGCGGGACAACAAAAUUCAAUUUGCAUAAUCCGCCCAUUUUACGCCUCUUCCCUUUCUUUUUUUAUUCCUCUCACGCCACACUACUUAAUACUUAACCAAUUUUUUUGUGGACGAUGAUGGGUUAAAAAUGUGUUUGUUGUUGUUGAUGGUUUUGGGGAGGAAAAAAAGGGAAGGUAGGGGGGGGGGGAAUUUAGUGUGGAUUGAAAGGGAGGGGAAGAAGGAUUGCUGUGUUGGCAGCUGACCCUAACCCCCUUCUUCCUCUUCCCCUCUUCUCCUCAUCAAACCCCAUUUAUGGAUGGCGUCAGAAGGAGGUGAAGGAAUGCCGCUGCCUGUAGGAAAAAAAAAUAAAAUGGUAGUAUCAGUCAAUUUUGUGUCUUUUUUGGCCAUUUUCUGUCCCCUCUUAAACCUCUCUAAUAGUAAUCCUUUUAUUUUACCAAUCAAUGUUGUCUAUUCAAUUACUGGGAUCAAAAAAUUUUUAACUAAAAAUAGAGGAGAUUGA